UAUUGGAGCAGUGUUUUUCUUUACCUUCUGAACAAGUGACAGGCUUACAGGAGGAACUUUGUUUUCUAGCUUCGCCGUCUCCUCUUCAUCAUGGAGGCUCGGGUAAAUUUUUCCCGUGAGGAAAUUAACAGCACGGUGUGGGAAGUCCCGGAGAAAUACACACGGCUCAAACAGAUAGGGACCGGGGCGUACGGCUCGGUGUGCUCAGUAAUAAAUGAGAAGACUAAAGAGAAAGUGGCCAUCAAGAAGCUCCACAGGCCCUUCCAGUCAGAGAUCUUUGCUAAGAGGGCCUACAGAGAGCUCCGGCUGCUCAAACACAUGAAGCAUGAAAACGUGAUAGGACUUAUAGAUGUGUUUUCACCUGCCACGAGCCUUGAUGACUUCCAGGACUUCUACCUGGUGAUGCCUUACAUGUUUACUGACCUGUCGAAGGUGCGAGGUCAUCUCACAGAAGACAAAGUCCAAUUUCUUGUCUACCAGAUGCUCUGUGGACUCAGGUACAUUCACAAGGCCGGAAUCAUCCACAGGGAUCUUAAACCUGGAAACUUGGCUGUUAACCAAGACUGUGAACUGAAGAUCCUGGACUUCGGGCUGGCUCGCAGCACUGACGCAGAGAUGACAGGCUACGUGGUGACCCGUUGGUACCGGGCACCUGAGGUCAUUCUGAACUGGAUGCACUACACCCAGACUGUGGACAUCUGGUCUGUGGGCUGUAUCAUGGCAGAAAUGAUCAAUGGAAAAACCCUUUUCAAAGGGAGAGACUACAUGGACCAGCUGACUCAGAUCAUGAAAGUGACUGGAGUACCUGGACCAGAGUUCAUACAGAAGCUGGACAGUCCAGAGGCCAAAACGUAUGUUAAGGCUCUUCCUCGCUAUCCCAGAAAAGAUUUCUCAACGUUGUUCCCCAGAGCCAGUGCAAAAGGUAUCGACCUGCUGGAGAAGAUGCUGGUUCUAGACGGAGAUGAGAGACCCACAGCCGAGCUGGCUCUAGAGCACCCGUACUUCGACAGCUUAAGGGACCCUGACGACUUACCUGAGCCUGCAGCAUACGAUGACAGCCACGACAACGCCACAUUGUCCCUGGAUGAGUGGAAACGGUUAUGCUUUAGAGAGGUGAAAAGCUUUGUGCCGUUCCCACGGCGGGAUUCCAAGAGGAAAAACACUCUGACUAUGUCUCCAUGACCUGAUGAAUGUCUUGCUGCCCCAACCUACACAGUACACAGCCAACAGUGCCCUUGUGUAUUCAAUCAUGGAUUCACUCUAUUUCUUUUACCUUGGAUAUGUUUAGAUUUUGAUCCAGUGGUCAGAAGAGGGAUUAUAUUAAAACUGUCACACCUUUUUUGUGCAAUUGUUUCCUAAGUGUAGAUUGCUCUUCAUGUUACAUAUUCCCUAUAAGUGAAUUGUUUCGUAAAUGUAUUAUGACCAGGAUUAACUGUAAGGUUUACUGUAAUAUUGUUUUCCAAUUAAACAAUAAGAUAUGUACAAAGUUCUGUUUUUGCCCAAGAAAGACUGGCCUAACUCACCCAACUAAAAUCUAAAAUAUGUGCAGUCUUGUAAAUUAUAAUUAAGGGAUGAUAUCAGGGUUUUGCUAUUAAACAGCCUUAAAACUCCUUACCAUGAAAUAUUCCACAAGAGGAGCAAUUGCUGUGUGAAAGUCCCAAUGUGUAACCAGUGUCAGCUGGAAUAUGUGACCAUGAAGUGUGUGUGUGUGAUGCUGGAAGCAAGUGGUCAUUUAUUCUUGUCUCUGCUUUUAUCACUUUGUGGUUCCAUAUUUCACUACUGUAAUGUAUGUAUAUAAUAUAGCAUAGCUUUACACAAUUUCACCUGCAAACCCUUGUGGAUUUUUCUAGUGUGUAGCAGCUUUUGAAUGUGUUCUUGACUGAGCUGGCACAUUCAGAGGCUGCUGUGUGGUUUAUAAUAUUGCACAGAGGUCCUUCAUUAGGGUUAAGGGAAUUCUGCCUAAUUCAUUGUGUCAUCUGUUUUAACAGGCAUCCUGCACUUGUGUGUGUGUGCAUGUGUGUACACAAAUAGAAUAAACAAUUAAAUCCAU